ACACGGAUCAUGGAGCUGGAAGGCAGGGUCCGAAGGGCGGCUGCGGAGAGAGGCGCCGUGGAGCUGAAGAAGAAUGAGUUCCAGGGAGAGCUGGAGAAGCAGCGGGAGCAGCUUGACAAAAUCCAGUCCAGCCACAACUUCCAGCUGGAGAGCGUCAACAAGCUGUACCAGGACGAAAAGGCAAGGCCUGCUUUGUUUCCUCUCAGUUCUUUUCUAAGGGACGCUGUCUACAUUGUCUGUUUCUUCUUGGCGGGAGGAUGAGCAAGCGGCUGGGUUUAGAUUUAUGUAAUUAUGUGGAAAGAGCCUAUUGAUCAAGCUUUGGGCAUUCUCUCCGUUUCCCCUCCAAGUCCCUGGCUGGUUUUGCGGUGAAGCCUUUUGCAGUGGUAAUAAACAGGAGAAAUGCAGGAGAACAAUUUCAGAUUCAUCCUCCUAUUGGCUUUUUUUUUCUCCUAUUGGUUUUUUUUCUUCCCACUUUCUACAAACAUGUAUUAAAUACCUACUCUGUGCCAGGCCUAUGCCAGGUGCUUAUAUCUCAGAGAGGAAUAAUAUUUGUGCCCUCCAAGUAUCUAAUGGAGGAGAGGAGAGGCAGACUCUACUAAAUACCAACAGAGAAAGUAGGGGACUGCACACUGGCUUUUAAGCUAAGAAAAAAACUGACAAAUCCUGCGUAGAUUAAAAGGGGCCUCCUGCUAUUUAAAAUAUCUAAGCUUUAUGUGUCAUUUUUUUUUUUUUUUUUUUUUGAGAUGGAGUUUGGCUCUGUCGCCCAGCCUGGAGUGCAAUGGCACAAUCUUGGCUCACUGCAACCUCUGCCUCCCGGGUUCAAGCGAUUCUCCUGCCUCGGCCUCCUGAGCAGCUGCGAUUACAGGCGGUUUUGGUGAAUAACAUCACCACAGGUGAGAGGCUCAUCCGAGUGCUUCAAGACCAGUUAAAGACCCUGCAGAGGAAUUACGGCAGGCUGCAGCAGGAUGUCCUCCAGUUUCAGAAGAACCAGACCAACCUGGAGAGGAAGUUUUCCUAUGACCUGAGCCAGUGCAUCAAUCAGAUGAAGGAGGUGAAGGAACAGUGUGAGGAGCGAAUAGAAGAGGUCACCAAAAAGGGGAAUGAAGCUGUAGCUUCCAGAAACCUGAGUGAAAACAACGACCAGAGACAGCAGCUCCAAGCCCUCAGCGAGCCUCAGCCCAGGCUGCAGGCAGCAGGCCUGCCACGCACAGAGGUGCCACAAGGGAAAGGAAACGUGCUCGGUAACAGCAAGUCCCAGACACCAGCCCCCAGUUCCGAAGUGGUUUUGGAUUCAAAGAAACAAGUUGAGAAAGAGGAAACCAAUGAGAUCCAGGUGGUGAAUGAGGAGGAGCCGCAGAGGGACAGGCUGGGGCUGCCGCAGGAGCCAGGCCGGGAGCAGGUGGUGGAAGACAGACCUGUGGGUGGAAGAGGCUUCGGGGGAGCCAGAGAACUGGGCCAGACCCCACAGGUGCCAGCUGCCCUGUCAGUGAGCCAGGAAAAUCCGGAGAUGGAGAGCCCUGAGCGAGACCAGCUUGUCAUCCCCGACGGACAGGAGGAGGAGCAGGAAGCUGCCAGGGAAGGGAGAAACCAGCAGAAACUGAGAGAAGAAGGUGACUACAACAUGGAUGAAAAUGAGGCGGAAUCUGAGACAGACAAGCAAGCAGCCCUGGCAGGGAAUGACAGAAACAUAGAUGUUUUUAAUGUUGAAGAUCAGAAAAGAGACACCAUAAAUUUACUUGAUCAGCGUGAAAAGCGGAAUCAUACACUCUGAAUUGAACUGGAAUCACAUAUUUCACAACAGGACCGAAGAGAUGAGUAUAAAACGUUCAUGAGGGACUGAAUACUGAAAACUGUGAAAUGUUCUAAAUAAAAUGUACAUCUAAAGAUGAUUAUUGUGAAAUUUUAGUAUGUACUUUGUGUAGGAAAAAAUGGAAUGGUCUUUCAAACAGCUUUUGGGGGGUACUUUUGAAGUGUCUAAUAAGGUGUCACAAUUUUUGGUAAUAGGUAUUUCAUGAGAAGUUCAACACCAAAAAUGGAACAUAGUUCUCCUUCAAGUGUUGGCGACAGUGGGGCUUCCUGAUUCUGGAAUAUAACUUUGUGUAAAUUAACAGCCACCUAUAGAAGAGUUCAUCUGCUGUGAAGGAGAGACAGAGAACUCUGGGUUCCCUCUGGCGUCCUGUCCACGUGCUGUGCCGAGUGCUGGUGCCAGCCUGUUAUCUGUUCUCACUGAAAGACAGACUGACUGGCUAAUGCUCUUGUGCAGUCACUUCUGAUUCUGACAAUCAGUCAAUGGCCUAGAGCACUGAUGGUUAACACAAACGUCACUAGCAAAGUAGCAACAGCUUUAAGUCUAAAUACAAAGCUGUUCUGUGUGAGAAUUUUUAAAAAGGCUACUUGUAUAAUAACCCUUGUCAUUUUUAAUGUACAAAACGCUAUUAAGUGGCUUACAAUUUGAACAUUUGUGGUCUGUAUUUACUUUGCUUCAUGUGUGUGGGCAAAGCAACAUCUUCCAUAAAUAUAUAUUACCAAGAAAAGCAAGAAGUAGAUUAGGUUUUUGACAAAACAGACCAAAAAGGGGCUGACCUGGAGCAGAGCAUGGUGAGAGGCAAGGCAUGAGAGGGCAAGUUUGUUGUGGACAGAUCUGUGCCUACUUUAUUACUGGAGUAAAAGAAAACAAAGUUCAUUGAUGUCGAAGGAUAUAUACAGUGUUAGAAAUUAGGACUGUUUAGAAAAACAGGAAUACAAUGGUUGUUUUUAUCAUAGUGUACACAUUUAGCUUGUGGUAAAUGACUCACAAAACUGAUUUUAAAAUCAAGUUAAUGUGAAUUUUGAAAAUUACUACUUAAUUCUAAUUCACAAUAACAAUGGCAUUAAGGUUUGACUUGAGUUGGUUCUUAGUAUUAUUUAUGGUAAAUAGGUUCUUACCACUUGCAAAUAACUGGCCACAUCAUUAAUGACUGACUUCCCAGUAAGGCUCUCUAAGGGGUAAGUAGGAGGAUCCACAGGAUUUGAGAUGCUAAGGCCUGAGAGACCGUUUGAUCCAACCCUCUUAUUUUCAGAGGGGAAAAUGGGGCCUAGAAGUUACCGAGCAUCUAGCUGGUACACUGGCACCCCUGGCCUCACACAGACUCCCGAGUAGCUGGGACUACAGGCACACAGUCACUGAAGCAGGCCCUGUUUGCAAUGCACACUGCCACCUCCAACUUAUUCUUCAUAUCUGAUGUCCUUAGUCACUAAGGUUAAACUUUCCCACCCAGAAAAGGCAACUUAGAUAAAAUCUUAGAGUACUUUCAUACUCAGAAUUCUAAGUCCUCUUCCAACCUCACUUUGAGUCCUUCUUGGGGUUAAUUGAUAGGAAUUUUCUCUUGCUUUCCCAAUAAAGUCUCUAUUCAUCUCAUGUUUAAUUUGUACGCAUAGAAUUUCUGAGAAAUAAAAUAUUCUGUUCAACUUUUAAAA